AGCGACAGACAAAAACUUAUUUUUGCAUUAUGGAUGAAUGUAGUGAAACCGAGCAGUCAUCAAUUACAAAAAGAUUUUAUUUAGUACAUAUGCGUAUGUAGGUGGUUUAAUUUUCAUGUGUAAAUAUUUGUUAUAAUUACGCAGAAUUCACUCUUGUAAGUGUUAAAAAGUGACUGCGGAAGUUCGACUAUCUUGUUAAUAGAGUGAAGUCAUCAGCCAUAGGUCCACAUUAUGACUUCUGUGAUGGGUUGGGCUACUCGGUGGUGUAUGAUUAACUUGGAGCCCUGACGCCUGUAAAGUGGUCUUAAUUGAAUGGAUAGGGGGUGCAUGUGGCCUUGUAGUAUUAAACUAACGUCUGGCGGCUGAAAGCUGCCUUCUCGUCUGUCUAGUGUCAUCCAGCCUGCAUAGAACGAGUUCUUGGUAAUCUUUAGGGGUUAAAGUGACAUUUUUAUUGUUUAUAUUUGGUUGCGAUUUUUUAUUUUUUUUGGACUGGCCGUUCAGGAAUGGGUAGUGCGCUCGUAAAUAGUGAGACACUACCAUGUGUUUGACUGUAAGGUUCAAGAUAAAAUCAAGAACUUUGGUUAUAUGUGCCUUUCAGGAAAUUUGAAUGUUGGAGUUGUUCACAGAGCUUCAUUAUGAAGAAACAGUUCUUUCGUGUGAAGCAGCUUGCUGACCAAACAUUUUCAAGGGCGGGCAAGACGGAGGUGCUGUCCGAUGACCUGCAGGAAGCGGACCGGAAGGUGGAGUACAUCCGGGCGGUGUGCCUCAACACGAGCAAGAAGCUGGCGAGCUGCCUGGUGGGGCAGGGCCUGGGGCAGGAUGCCGUCGCCAAGGACAAGAUGCUGAAAAAAAUUCCCGAAUACAUGUUGGGUGUAGCGAUGCAGGAAAGUGGCUCCGCAGAUGAGGAUUGCCUUUUGAGGAACGUCCUGGCGGAGUGCGGCAAGGUGGAGACGGAACUGGCCAACGAGGUGCUGUCGCACGACGCGAAGGUGGAGGAGCUGGUGGUGAACCGGCUUCACUCCAUGCUGGAGCCCGACGUCGCCAACAUUCUCAAGCACAAGCGCAACCUCGCCAAGCUCAUCCUGGACAUGGACUCAGCCAGGACCAGGCACCAGACUGCGGUUAAGCACAGUGGCGCCAGCACGGGAACAUCGCGGGUGGAGUCCAUCAAGGAGGAACUGGAAGAUGCAGAGCUUAAAGUCGAGCAGUGUCGGGAUCAGCUGGCGUCGGAGAUGUUCCAGCUGCUGUCCCGGGAGGCCGACUUCGCCAGGGUCAUCGUGCAACAUGUCAAGCUGCAAAAGGCGUACCACGAGAGUGCGCUGGCUGUUCUCGAGACUGUCAUACCACAGCUCGAGGCUAGCAUUAAUGAAAGCAGCUCGAAGCCAGUGUACGGGUACCCUCUGGAGAGUCACCUGGAGGUGACCGGCCGGAAGAUAGCGUUCCCCAUCGAGCUGUGCGUGUGCGCACUCCUGGAGCUGGGGAUGGACGAGGAGGGCUUGUUUCGGGUCGCCGGAGGAGCGUCGAAACUGCGACGCAUGAAAAUGAGCUUUGAUGCAUGCUGCCUGAACCUGCCCAUGGCGCUGGAGUACAGGGACCCGCAUGUCAUAGCCGGUGCUUUGAAAUCCUACCUGCGCGAGCUCCCGGAGCCGCUGAUGACCCACGCCCUGUACGACGAGUGGAUGGCUGCCGCCAGGGUGCAGGGGUCGAAUGAUGCCCGGCUGCAGGCAUUCUGGCAAGUGGUGCAGAAGCUGCCCAGCGCAAACUACGACAACCUCAGUUACCUGGUGAAGUUCCUAGCCGUGCUGGCCCGCAACCACGAGGUCAACAAGAUGUCUCCGCAGAACAUCGCCAUCGUCAUAGCCCCCAACCUCAUCUGGAGCAAGGAGGACGAGCAGAACAUCGGGAUGAACAUGAAUUCGGCCAACAUGUAUAGCUUUAUUUUGGAUAAUCUGGUCAGCUUCGCAGACUGGUUCUUCCCAGGAGAGGUAGAAUUCUACCAGACGCUCUCCCGAGAGACGGCGCUGGUGAACGGAAUGACCGCGAGCUACACGUCACUGUCGGGGCAGCUGCCUGCGGAAACUGCGGGGGUCGCGCCCUCGGAGAAGACCACCAGGCACGCCCGCAGCAGCAGCGGCGAGGGCCAGCUCCUGGGGUCGGCUGACGAGGGCGUGGACAUGAAGAGGACGCAGUCCAACAGCAGUCUCUCUGAUCACAGCAGUCCUCCUCACGGAAGUCCUAAGCCAGCAACUCGUCGGAAAAACAAGCCAGCUCCCGUGCCUCCAUCCAACAGCGUGUCUGCCAGAGACCCUCCGGUUCCGUUCGUUACCGAGAAGGCCGCGGUGGAGAAACCGGAUAAGCCCCCGCGGCCGGCGGUGGGCCCCAUCACGGUAUCCACCCUGCCCCGCCCCAGCAAGAGCAAGCUCCUGGACGGCGAGGCAAGGCCGGCGGACGCCCAGUCCCAGACCAUCGUGGUGAAGCCUGCCAUGGAGACGACCUCCUCCCAGGCCAAGGCCCCUAGUUCCUCGGACGCCCCGCAGCAGCAGUUGGUGACGAUCUCUUCCUCCCACCAGAAGCUGCCGGAGAAGGUGUCCAUAGGGUCCGUGGUCAGGGUGACGGAUGAUGCAGUGACGUGCGUCAGCAUCGAGGCCCAGCACCCCCCGCCCCCGCACAUCACCUCUGCCAAGACCGACCACGGCGUGUCGAGGCCUGGGAACUACUCCAGCGUCACGCUGGACAGGAAGCCCGGCGCCCAGCGGCCGGUCCCCGUGGCCGCCCCGCGGUCGGUGGUCAACGUGGGCCCCGUUCCCAGCGCCAAGGAGGUGUACCUGCACGGCGACGCUCUGUCCAACCCCGUGAAGCAGUCCUCGGAGGACGAGGGCGUGACCCUGAGGCGGCCGUCGCACGCCGACAAGCCGGCCGUGCCGGAGAGGCCCGCCACCCUCCUGCGGCCCCACAGCUCGUUCCGGAGCCCGCGCACCUCCGGCGAACCAGACUCCUCCGCUGCCGGCGACUCGGAACGCCCUAUGUUAGAACGUGCGCACAUGUAUUCCGUACACAAACAGCAGGUGUCCAUUAUUCAGGUGGGCGGGGAGAGGGAGAAGAUGCCGCUGGUUAGCGACGAUGUCGGCGGGGACGAACCUGUGUUGGUCCGGAGCCCCUCUGUGGGGGCUCGGCCCCUCUCCAUGACCCUGCCAGAUAAAGCCAUCACUGUGGAGAAACCUAACAGGCCGCCUCGCCCGGACAAUGUCUUUCCGGCAGAAAAAGACAAAAAGCAGCUACCUAGUCACUCGCGCACGCGAUCGGAAGGCAACAUCUGUGACAUUGACACCAAAGAAAGCACCGCUGUGAUGAAGACAGCCACCGGGAGCAGCCACAGCCCGAGUUCACCAAAGACGACCAACAAGCCGCCGCGCCCCCACCCCCCGCCGCCGCCUCCCCCCAGCAAAGGCCGCAACCACGAGUCCGUCUGGGAGAGCACGGACCUCUGACGGCACUGACACGAGACCGCUGUCCGUUCGCCGUUCGCCGUCCGUCUGCCUCGCAGCUGCUGAGGCGACGCCGGGUCUUCGUGGCUAGCACCGCAAGCUUACUGCCGUUUAUUUUUUUUAUUUUUUACUUUUUUUCAAUUUUCCGAGGUGAACUGGUUUGCUUGUCGCCUUCCCCCCAAGCAUUGCUGUGUUCUCUGCUAGUUGAGUUAAUGUUGUCAAUAUUAUCUAACCCUUCACCAGAAUCAUAAGAUGUGUAAACACAGUCGCGUGUAAUAUCAGCACCUGCUGGGCAGCAUCAGUCGGUUCUGAAAUCGAUAGGAUCUUAGUUUUUAUAUCACAGCAUGUAACCAUGACGAGAAAAUUUUUUUAAUGUGAUAGCAAUAACAACUGCUAUGCAUAUUUUCUUUAUUUUGAACUGUGUGUUAGAGUGUGUAACAUGUGUACAUUUAAUAUAUAUAUAUAUAUAUUGUAGCUAAAUCAGCACAAAAUUUUAUUGAAACUUUUCCAAAGAAAAUGUUGUUGACUAGGCAUCUCAGAAAAAGAACAAAGAUUAAGUUGUGUUGACACAACUUGUGGGACUUCUAGUUACCCUGCAGGAUUGUCCUAAAAACUAAUCGUUAUUGAUAAAGUGAUGAUCUUAUUUUAAAGUGUAGGUUUUCCCCCUCCCCCAUUUAUCUUAUGUGGCUAUCUGUUUACACCAUGCCAUUUACACUUAUAAUUAUCUGAGUACUAUCACAGUUGCUUGACCAUUAAAAUUGCAUGCCAGUAGUAAAAAUCAAACAGAGAUUAAUUAGACAGUUGUGAGAACUCUUGCAGACUAUUACUACAAUAAUUUGUAAGAAGAGUGCAUAGGAAUACUGUAUAAAGAAUUAAUUAUUAGUCAUGACAGUAUAACGCACUGUAUGGUAGAUUUAAAACAAAACUAAUAACUUUUUUAGAUCAGUGAAUGGGCUUUGCAAUUACUAAAAAUAAAUUUAUACAAUUUUUUUCAAUAACAUAGUGCCUUUAGAGUUUUGUUUGUAUUUCAGGAUUUUGCAACCCUUUAGAUUACUACAGCAUAAUGUAUUGUAAUCAAUAGUUGGUGACAUAUGAUUUAUACUUCUUACAAAACGUGUUUUCUCACUCAACUGUGAGUACUAUGUAAUGUAAACUUUGCUGACAGAAUGGAUCACCCAGUUAGGCAAAAGCUUGCAGAUGAAAAGACUUGUGGAGAACGUGACCGUCGGUAGUGAGUGCCUGAAUACGUUGUUCUUUGGUAUCUACAAGGUGAUUUUCAUGAUUUCAUUUGUGGCUGUAUUUUAGACAGAUUUUAAGCUUCUUCCCUAAAAUUUACAGCUGGCUUUAUAAAUUUCUUUAAAGAUUUUUUUCCUUAGCAUACAUUAUGAGAUCUUACUUAACACAUUACAUCAAUCUCUUGAAGCUUAAUUUCAGUACUAAAAAAAAAGAAACCUUAAAUAAGUCUGCUUUUAAGUGAGACCAUUAUUUCCCCCCCCCCCCCCCCCCCCCACAGGAGUUUAAAACAAAGUACACACCUAAAUGCAAGAUGGGUAUAUUUUAUCCAUUGUACUGUAACAAGUUAAGAUGCUCAAAAACUGUUAUUUUUUUGAAUUCUUUUUACAACUUGAAAUUCAGGAACACAAGUUUUAUGUGAUGUAAUCUAUUUUUCCAAAACAUUUCCGCUACAAGCAACCACCAGGGUUACGCAAAAUGGAGACAUUUGUUGUGCAGACUUUUGUUUGUUAUUCAAGUUGAACAUAUAUACUGAUACACCCAGUCUUCGACUCCGGCAGCAGAUUAAUUUAAAUGUAAACAAAAUUUUAAUUAAUAAAUUUUUAUAAAUAAAUGUGUGUUUUGCCAUAGUAGUUGGGAAAAAAACAGCAUUGUUUGAAUUUCACAUGAAUAAAGUGAUUUUUUUAGUAUUUGUGUAAAAUGUGCACAAUGCCCAUAUUGAUAAUAUACAAGCCAGCCAAUCGAUAUUUACAGGGACUUUUAAGUUCAGCUCUUAAUACAGGUCGUGCAGAAUUUCCAAAGUUACUUGUUUCCAUAUUAUUCUGUUUGAUGCAUGAAAUAAAAAAAUAUACCAUAUAAAUUAAGUAUUGAAUCUUUCAGGUAUGAGCUAAAUGUUAUGUUGAAGAUAUUGAGGAACUUUCAUAGCAGAAUACUUUUUUAAAAGUUUGUUAACAUAUUAAGAAUUAGUGGAUGAUUUUUGAAGUAAGUAAUAACUUCAUAUCACUAGUAAAGGUUGUUAGUGUAUAUAUGAAAGGAAAAUAUGUCAGGACUUAGUAUCAUUAAGUAAUGUGCAAGAUUGACUGGUUUAACGUACAAAUUUUUGUAUUUGUUUUCCAUUUGUUAGUUGGGCCUUUAAGUCACAUUAGCAUGCUGUAUAAUAGUGUGAUUUAUAAUGAUAAGAAUAUAUUUUUAUAAAGUUUUUAUUAUUAGAAGAAAAUUUUGUGUGCUCUACAUACUUAGUUAUUUCAAUGACUUUUAAACUUUCCCUUCCAACAAAACGAGUUAGUUAUUUUUAUUAUUUUUUUUAAUUUUUUUAAAGAAAUUAAACAUUACAUUUAAGAUGUUUUAAAGUUAAAUUUCUUAUUAUUAUCUUGGUCAAAUUUUUUCAUUUAAAACACUGCUGUUUUGCUGUGUAACAUUAAUUUUUUCAGGCAAUGAUUAGGACAUGUAGUGUUAGUUUGUCAAAUACAUGCUGUUCUCGUACCCCUCAGACUUGCAUUUGGUGUCUAAUAAAAACCAUCCAUCCCCAUCUUUCAGUAUGAAAGAAAACACACAAGUUUCUUAUUGCUUAAUACAUUCUUUCUGCUAUGUUUCAAACAUAAGAUAGAUAUACCUGCAUUCUGGAAACAUUAAGUGUUCUGAUGUUUGAAGAAUGUUUGUCAACAGCUGUAGUGGAAUCACCCAUAUGGAUAUAAAAUCAGGGAAAAAAUUUACUUUUGUAUAUUUGUGAUGAGAUUGUGUUUGUACAAAUUGAUUAGUAUAUUUUUUUUUCUUCAUAUUAUUUGCACUUUGAAUAAAAGUUUUUUUUUUUUUUAUUUCUCUUUCCACUUAUUUUUGAUGAAUCUAAACUCUGAAUUAUUUCCUAAAUGUAACCUGUAGUAGAAAGCACAGAAAUUAAUUUAUAUUUAAAAAAAAAAGUUUUAUCCCAAUUGCAGCCUUUAGCAACCAAGAAAAUCACUAUAGUGGUUCUGUGUACUGGCUAAAAUUCAUAGCCUUAGACUGUUCAGUUUUGUUUUGUAGGUAAAGUGAAAACUGUAGGCACGUUUCAUAAACCGUUAACUGGGGAGGUACUAGUAGUUAUAACCACGACUGAGAAGAGAGUAAGUAUGUAUCGUAAUUUAGAUAGCACAAAUCUAUCUCUUUCACUGUUAUGGUUAAACAAUUUUUUUGUGAAGUAUAGUAAAUAUUUAGUUUAUGCAGAAAAGGUUUAUUGUGCAAUCACAUGUUUCCUACUGUUGAAUGUUGCUUCGUUCUUAGUAUAAAAAAAAAAGGUUGUUGAAAUGUUGUGUUAUUUGCUUUAGUUUUAUUGUAUUGACUAAUGAUUUGUUAGCAAAUUGGGUUUGUUUUUAAAAUAGUGAUGUAAAGUUUGAUGUAAUUGAGCAGGGGGUUUGUAGGAAAUAAUGCUUUGUUACUAGUUGUGUUUUAGUAAGUCAUAAAGGUAGAAAAGCUAUAUAGAAAAUAUUGGAGAUUUUUAAGAUUUAGAAUAAUGACAAUGAUAGCUUUUGUCUAACAGAAUACGACUUCGUUAUUGUUUUGUGGUUUUUUUAUGUGGUGUAAUCUUUUCUAGUCCAGGAAUUGCGUGUGAAAGAAGGGAAGUUUUAAGAAAACCUUUCGGGUUUGCAAGGAUUUGUUGUGGGCAAACUGUGAUCAAUAUAAUACUUUGUUAUUUUUUUAUUUUCAUUUAAGUGAGAGCAGACAAAAUUUAAUUUAAGAAACGUUUUCGGUUCUUGGUAAGUCAUUUCUGAAAAAAUUUAUGAUAUAUAAUUGUGUAUUUUUGACUUAAUGUCUUUGCCAGACUAUUUCCUCUUCCAGGUGUAAAUUUCAGCAUUUCAUUAAUUUCAUAAAUUAAUCUCUUGGUUGUUUUAAAUACGUACACAUUUUACUGUAACAAUAAUUUAGAUAUUAUUUCAACUUGAGAACUCCUUUAUGCUUGCCUUGGAGUUCAGUUCUUAUUGUGCCCAAGCAGUAAAAAAAAAAAAUACAAAUACAGAUUGUAUACAGAAGGUAAAUAAAUGACAGGGUUUAGUCUUACACAGUUUAUCAGUCUGCAAAUGUAAUUUGAUAGCCUGGCAACAAUAAAUGCUGCUGUUCAAGCAAACGGACUGUCCUACUCGAUGUGUGUUGUGUAAGCUGCUGCUACUCGCCUGGCACUGCACCCGGGUGGUAAGUAGAACCAUUCUUACGUCUGGCUUUUUGCCUUCGUCACUGCCGAAAACCCGCAAAAAAAAAGUUUCAGUGGUUAUUUUAUGUAAUGAUUUCAUAUCUAAUAUAUAUAUUUUUUUCAUUAUUGUAAUAUUUUGGUCAUUUUUCAUAAACAUGGGGUUCACACCAAGGAAACAGUGUAAAAGUAUUAUGUGCCAAGAGUAUAUUUCUUCAUCUACACUUAUUAUAUUGCUCAAAAUAUGAGCUUUUUUUUUUUCCAGUUUAGCAAACUUAAAAAUUAAUUAAUUGUUUUACAAUAAUUGAAUCCUUAAAGAAAUAAUACAUAUAAAUAAAUAUAUAUAUCCGUAGGCAAUAAGUUCUUAUUCCCUAUAAAAAAAAAUUAUGAAGCCAAAUACCACAAAUAAAACAAUGUGACAACUUAAGAGGUGUUGAGUUCACUUCGUAAGUUCUGAAGGUUCUUUAUUUUUUUCCCCCAAAUUCUCUCUUCUAAACCAAGAGUGAAAACUGUUUUAGUAAGUUAUAAUAAACAAUUCUAAUCAUUUCAGUAAAUACUGUGUUUUUUUAAGUAUUAGAAACAAUUAAUUGAUCCUGGGCCUCUGGGAUUACAAAAAGAAAAGCCUAGUUUUAGAAAAAGGAGAUAAACUAAUAAAUAUGAAAGUGAGUUAGGCUACAUUUAAAAUCAGCCUAUAUUCAGAUGAAUAAGGUGAAUGUGCAGAAUAAAAUAUAUCAUAAUUUUGGAUCAGUACUUGUUUGCAUUCUACUGACUCAACCUUUUUUUUUUUUUUUUUUUUUUUGAGUUAGUGAAAUUAUAAUUUCUUAUUUUUGUACGUAACUUUGUUUGGAAAUGGAAUUUAAUUUCCAAAAUAUUAUUGUGUUUUAUGUUAACUUUCUUCAAAUUCUCAUUAACUUUAGUUCCAGAAAUGAACUAAAUAUCUGUACAAUUGUUAAAUGCGCCGUAAUAAUAGUAAAAUUGUAUAAAAUUGUUUAAAUAUUGUGGUUCAUCUUUUGUGAUGAGUUAACUGGUAAGUUGCACAAAUUAUUAAACUAAUUAUCAGGGUUUAUAAACAUUCUACUGUGCUGAAACCUACUUUCAAAAAUACUUACCAAACAUUACAAUUAAUUUUAUUGACACCUGCCAUGAAACACAUGUUUUGUUCUGCAUAACUGUGCUUUACAGUUAUGCUUAUGCAUUAAAUUUUUGUAGAAACACAGUCUAGGGAUAUUUUUUUUGUGAUGAAUACAAAUAAUAUAAGCAUCAUGGGAGUGUUUCGUGUUGAGUUUGAAUGAUUUAACCAUGCAAACAUUAAUGACAAUCAUACAACCAAAUAAUUUUAUAGGUUAUAUUGGGAGGAAUGUAAUUAAUACUGGGAAUUUACUGAAUUUGUAAAAUGCAUUUGGUUACUUUUAUAAAGAAUAGUGUUUGAACAAAUGGAAUAUCAUUACUUACUUAACAAAUGCUAUGUAAAGUGUUUAGGUUUUAGGGCAAAGAGUUUUCAUCUUGUGUUUCCACCAGUGGUUGGACCUUAAAAUCAAACUAACUAAUUUUAUUAUUUUCUUUUGUUACUUAUAAUAACAAUAAUGAAUUUUGGCAAAGCUUUUGUUUUUAAUGUUGAGAAUUUUUUUUAAGUUUUCAUUAUUUCACCUAGAAACUUAACCUCCAAACAAAAGAAAACAAAACAAGUUUUUCAACAAUUUCUGAGGCUGGAAUCACUUUGGUCCAUCAAAUCGCUCCCAUCGCCCAUAUGUCUAUCAGUCUUUUCGCAUGGAAAUUCAUUGAGAUCAAGACCAUCCACAGUUCGCCCAUCUAUCUGUAUUAUAAAAUUUCAGAGCUACCACUGAACCACACAAAUGUUGCUGCUCUCUACUUUAAUAUGUAUAUUAACAUUUCUUUGGAAAAUCUUACACCCACAAGCAGGGGUGCAACAACUAAAUUUCAAAAGGGGGGGCAAUAUACCUUUUUAUAAAGAAUCAUCAAUCACCCCUAGGAAAAUUUGUAUUUCAAGGUGGUAAAUGGUGCUAUUAAAGCAGUUUUAUUAUCUAAAAAUUGAUUACACAGCACUUUCUUUGCCCCUCUUUGCCCCCACUUCAAGGUUUCAAAGGGGAGGCAAAAUACCCUUGCCCCCCCCCCCCCUCCCCUGUUGUUGUAUAAAUAUAUAGAUAUAAGAUAUAAGACAGCCUUCCUUGAAAAGGAGAAAGAAAAUCAGCCGACAGUGUUUUCGUACAGCCGUAUCGGGAGCGCUCGCCCACCUGCGGAAAGUUAGAGCAUAACAAGCUUCUCAACAGAUGGACAGGUAGAAAAAAUAGCUGCCCUGUGAUUGCCUAGAGGUCACAUGAUUGACAGACGGAUGGGCGACGGACCAUGUGAUUAAAGCCGAAUGUUUGGUACGGACCCUAGGUUAUGUUGACUGUCAAUUUAUUUGUGGAAACUCUUGCUCUCACAUAGAUGCAUUUAUUUAUUAAAUAAGUGUGACUUGUAAACUACUAGGUGUAUAUUAAUAAGAGUAUAGACAAUAAUGCUAAGUAUCUAUUUUUUAAAUACUAGUAGAUGUUGUGGUUUCAGAAUAAUAUGUUUUGGUAAAUAUUGUUAUCUGAAUUGUCAUAUACUUUUUUUUUAGUAAUGUAAAACAUGUGUAUGGUGUUUAAUUAUUAGAGCCAUUUUAAGUCUAUUGAUCCUAAGAUGACUUCUUGUUUAACAAAGAUUAUUGCUAAAUUUGUCUGCACUAUGACUAUAAAUAUUAGACUGUAGUAUUUUAAAAACAUUAAAAGUUUUUGACAUACAAA